UCUGGGAUUUGUGGUCCAGGGGAAGAGCUUGGCGGAUGAAAAAGGCUUUGAGAAGCUCCUCUUCCCUGCCGAUUUCUCUGGAAGGUUGGCACGCUGCGGGGGGACAGCCAACUUCCAACCUUGGAAGCCCUUGCAUUAAAGAAUGGCUUCCUUCGGAUGGAAGAGGAAAAUUGGUGAGAAGGUGUCCAAGGCCACUUCCCAGCAGUUCGAAGCCGAAGCUGCGGACGAAAAGGACGCCGCGGAGAGUGAGGAAGGCACCUGGCUUCACGCCGGGAAGCGCCGGAGAGAAGUGCUCCUGGAGGGCUGCACCGAGCGAAGCAAGCAGCUGAAGGACCAGGGCGCCAGCCUGGCUGAAGACAAACGGUACCGAGAGGCGAUUCAGAAGUGGGACGAAGCGCUGCAGCUGACCCCGAACGACGCCACGCUGUACGAGAUGAAGUCACAGGUCCUCAUGUCGCUGCACGAAAUGUUCCCGGCAGUGCACGCAGCGGAAAUGGCCGUGCAGAGGAACCCGCGGUCCUGGGAGUCGUGGCAGACUUUGGGGCGUGCGCAGCUGGGCUUGGGAGAGAUAGUCUUGGCAAUUCGAAGUUUCCAAGUAGCCCUUCACAUCUACCCGAUGAACCCUGAAAUAUGGAAAGAAGACCUUUCUUGGGCAAGAACGCUCCACGAGCAGCAGAAGGCCACAGGUGGUUAUCGGUUGGGGCUUGUUCCUGGAACGAGGUCUCAGCCCCCAACACGGCCAGACCCAGGAGGCAGUGCGCGCCGCCCCUGGAUGAUGCUGCGUAGAGAACCCUGUGUUUCCUCCCGGGUGACCUCCGCGGGCCGGGUCCGUCCCUUCCCCGCUCGGAUAUGAGACGUAAAAUGCUCCGCACACAGCAUGGGGGAGAAGAAGAAUCAGGGGGAAGAAGGCAGCUCAUGGCUCCAGGCCCCAGAAGAUGCUUGGCUGACGCUCUUCCGUGCGUGGAGGGGAAGGUGCGAACAGUGUUUCAUACGGAUGCGGAUGCCGAUGCGCUGACCUUUACUGAACUGACUGUGACAGCACAUUUUCUUACCUGAAAGAAAAGUAAUAGAUGCUCGUGAUAGUAGUGUAAUUAAAUGUGUUUAGUAUGCUUUCUGAAACAACACUAAGCAGGAAAAUUUCAUGGAAUAAUGUUUGUGUGUUCCUUGGCUGAAAACUGUCUGGCCUAGAUGGUCAGUGGUCAGGACACUGCACGCCGGCCCCAGGCCUGGUAAUUCGAGGGUCACACACUAUUCUCUCUUUUUUUUUUUUAAGGUAAGUUUGUUCUUUUUUUUUAAAAUCAUUG